AGCUGAUUAAGGACGAGUAGUUGAUAACUGUAGAAAGAAAUGGCUAAAAAGUGCGACUUUUGCUUAAAUAAGCUAAAAGCAAAUGAAGGAUUCAAUGUAAAAGAAAUCGUGAUUGAUAAGAAUCCAGGCAUUAUUAAGCUUUCAGAUGUGUUGCUCGAUUUAUUUUUCUGUGAGCUGGAUGUUUCGAAUAUUUGUCCAGAAUGCAUGGAUACAAUCAGCAAGCAAUUUAUAUUUAAGCAGAAAAUUAGAAAGAACAUUCAAAUGCCAUCAUCAAAUGUAAUUGUACAGAUAUCAAAGUUUUUUAGUAAGACUAAAGAAACAAUGUCAACCAGUGAACAUUUAGAUAUCCUUAGUAUUUUCCCUGAACGCCGAAAGAGAUUUGUUGAAACUGUGCAAAAGUUUUCUCCUGAAAUAUGCAUUAUGCCACCGAUUAUAAAAGAAAUAUUACCAAAUAAUUCCAACUCAAUGAAUAAAACACAUUCAAUUAUAAAUAAGAAAACUGUCUCAUGUAAUUCAUCAGAGACGGAGUCAAAUGGUAGCAAUUACAAUGUUAAUAAAUCUAUUCAAAAGCGAAAGAAGAAAUCGGGUAAAGCUCGAAACUUUAAAGGUACCAAAAAACAAAAGAGUGUCUCUAUGGAUUCGAUCGUAAAAGAUGAACCAGUCACCGAAAGUUGUGAGGAACAACCGAAGAAGUUUGAAUUCUUCCUUUGCGAUCAAAACGACACCGUCUUCAGAAAAUCAAGAACCGUACUCAAUACUUCCAGACUAAAUUUAACAAAAGAACAAGAGGGAUGGAUUAAUGAAACCAUGGAAAGUACUGAACGGAAUGAAAACUUUUACUCUUGUAAAUUUUGUUUUAAAGAUCUCAAGUCAAGUACAGCAAUGUGUUAUCAUUAUAUAAAUCGGCAUUUACUUAAGAAAUUAACAAAGAAGCAAGUGUGGGUUGCACAUAAAAUUAAGGAAGGAAUAAUACAAGUGGAGUGUGAAAAUGGAUUAAAAAUGACAAAAUGGAAAUGUACUGAAUGCUCAAAAAUUUAUAAUAAUCAACCUGGAAUUAGAUAUCAUUUGACAAAACAUUUGAAGGAUGACUUUAAUGAUAUUUUCGAAAUUUCAGAUGUAAAAUAA